AUGGUCUUGUUUCAACCCACAUUCAGGCUGAUGCUCGUCAGCUUAAGCCUCGUCUUGCUUGUCGGCACUCCCGUCCUCGCCGAUGCCAAUCACGGCGCUGCCCAUGCCGACAACGCCAUCCGACGUCAUGCUGCCAGGGCUGGUCGUCUUUCCAAACGCUUCCCGCCUGCCUCGAGCUCUGACGCUCAUGCGGCCUCCCUAGACACACGAGCGGGCCACCACCAUGAUCGAUACGGCACCUACGGCCUCACUUCUGAUGAGCUGGAUCAGCUGCUCGCCGAAGAAGCUCUCCAGGACAGUGGUAGCUUCGACGACUCCACCACUUCCUCCUCUCGUCACCACCGCUUCCGCACCCGCACCAGUGCACGUUCGCAAGAGACGGAUAGCGCAACAAACGCACGCAGCUCCGAUCUUCCCACCACCACCACUUCACAUUCAGCUUCGCGUACUUCUUCAUCCUCGUCUCCCGCCAACACUGCUGAUGCCGAAUCCAAGUCAUCAUCCACCUCUGCGCAUCGCUCCUCAUCAUUGUCGUCCUCCGCAUCGGCAGACGGCGACGACGCAUCCUCGAGCAGCAGCUCCUCUCACAGCACGCAUGCUACGCCUACCUCAUCGACAUCAGAUUCCGCAUCCGCACCCGCAUCCACUGCCACUGCCUCGAGCUCUGCCACGUCGUCUUCAUCUUCAUCCAGCGCUGGCGAUUCGAACACCGUCGCCUCCAACAGUAGCACCGAUGGCCUUGGUGAUCUUCUGGGCGGUCUCUUGGGCGCGUCUUCGACUUCGUCGUCAUCUGUAUCGCGUGAGACCGCGGACAGUAGCAGUGAUUCGCCGUCAGCGACGUCUUCGUCUCGAACGCCGGCUGCGACUUCUUCGUCUGCGUCGUCCGACGGCCAAGGCAGUAGUAGCGACGACGAUGACUCGCCAUCGACCAGCAAACAGAGCCAGUCCAGUCAACCCGAUUUUUUCGGCUUCACGUCCUCUCCAACUCGAACGUCGGCGCGCAUCUCGUCGACAUCCGCUCCUACAGGGCUCUUGCAGGGCCUGUUGCCCGUGGUCGGCUCUUCGUCCUCGGCCUCGUCCUCUGCUGAUGCAUCGACAGCUGACUCUUCCCCGACGCCAGCUCCGUCCAGCUCCAACUCGGGCUCCGGUUCUGGCUCGAACGCCAACUCCGACUCCGACACCGACUCCAACACUGGCUCAUCGAAAGAUACAACCACCAAGAGCGGAGGUCUGUUCAGCAGUCUGUGGGGCGGAGGCGGCUUCUCAAGCGACGACGCGUCGCCAAGCUCGAGCUCUCAGGGAUCCACCCCGACCAGCUCUGCUGAUGGCAGCAACAGCAACGGCGAUGGCUCUACCAUUUCCGUGUCGUCCGGCACCAACAGUGCUAGCUCGACCAACGAUGGCACCGGCUCCUCGACAGCUACCUCGGGCUCCUCCAGCGCCGUGACGACAGCCCCUUCCUCUACAUCGCAGGCUUCUCAGUCCGUUCCUACCGGAUCUGGCUCUACGUCUGCCGGGACCGGAUCUAGCUCGGACGGUGGCUCUCCUUCGGGCUCGAGUGGCGUUCCGUCCUCAUCCGCGUCUUCGAGCGGAGCUGCUUCGUCAUCGGUGUCGUCGGCGCCUUCCUCCAACGCCUCGCAUGCCAGUUCUGCACCUGCUUCCGCCUCGACUUCCUCGACCUCCAACCCGUACUGGUACGCCAACACGCAAUCCUUGAAGCUUGCUCCCAGCACCACUUCCUCGUCCGCUUCAUCAACGCAGACUGGAUCGCAGAGCAGUGACAACUACGAUGGCAACACCGAUUCGGGCACAUCGACUGCCUCGUCGUCGGACGGGACUGGAAAUGGUCCAGCUACACAAGAUCUGCCCACCACCAUCGUGCCCUCCACCAGCUCGUACGACCAGCCGGCCAACACCACUUCGAUCGGCGUUCUAUUCAAGGAGGACAUGCAGUGGACGUGGGUCAUCUCGCAGGCGGACCUGACGGCGCAGAUCUUUGCCUUCAUGCCGGAUCUCGUUGGUCAGCCUGCCGGUCUGGAAACGUCCAAAGUCUCGACGGUCAAGCUGGCCAGCUACUCACCGGACUCCAACGACACUGCCACCACCGAGACGCUCUCGACAGCCCGCACGCUCUACAUGGCGUACGUGCCCACAUCGAGCGUGGAAGACAUUCAAGCCUUGAUCGCCAACACCUCGUCGCCCUUCUACACCACGGCUGCUUCGGGAGCACCUCAGCAGCUCGCAAGCCAAGUGGACCCCACUUUCAACAUCUUGAGCGUCGCUGGCAUCGUUGCCUCGGGCGCCAAGCAGAACGCCAAGACCAGCAGUGGGGAGACCACGGACACUCCCAAGCUGCGCAACAGCCUGAUUGGAGUGGGCUGUGGUCUUGCUGGGGCCUUUGCUGUGGUAGCAGGUGGCUUGAUCUGGCGAAACAAGCGCAAAGGUCAGGACGACGUUGGAGCAGAUGGCAAAAACGGCGGCAUCUCGCGUGCACACACUAUCCGCUCCUUCCACGGUGGCCUGCGUGAGACGUGGGCUCCGGGCGCACUUGAUCAGCAUCAGGGUUUCAACGCGAAUGGCGAGAUGCAGCAGGUGUGGUCGCCACACGGUGACAUGGCGAUGGGUCACCCUAGCCAGCCGGGCUACUCACACGGCGACGGUUUUGGCGGCUACGUAGCCUCAGAUCCGUUCCACGACGCUGCUGCCGGCGGUGCAGCUGGCGGGUACGUCAACAUGAACCGAUCCAGCCGUAUGACGGAGCGAUCCGCCUACUCGGACCUGAGCCAGAUGACCGAAGCGCAACGCAUUCAGUACGACUACGAGUCGUCGCGUCGAUCGUACCACUCGACCUCGGACCAGUCUGGCUCGCAUGGAUCGCACAGCGAGCACAGCGCCGACUCGAACGCUGGCAUGCUCUCGACCUACCAGGAAGACUACCGCGUGCCACGACAGCACACGCGAGAGCAUGCCUUUGGUGUGCGCUCCAACAGCAUCCACCGCACCCGCCGUCGUGGAAGCGUCGCUAGCUCGACGAUUGGUCGUCCCGAGAUGAUGAGCAAUUCGGUCCUCCUUUAG